CUUCUCUCAACAUCACCAAAAUGCAAAUCCUCACCCUUCUUCUCACUCUCGCAGCAUCACUUCCUCCAUCACUUGCCUGGAAAUUGCCCGAUUCCUUCCCGAUAUCAAGAAGAGAAACAAUCACAAAAGGAAGUCCCCUGUAUAACUGCCAUGCAGACUGUGGCGGCGUCAUCGUCAUCGCCGAUACCAACAACUACUGCUCCAACUCUACAUACACCACCGAACUAGCCGACUGUCUCGACUGCGCUCUGGCAUACAAUAUCUGGCAAUACUACGGAGACGACGUCGCUGCCGCGGCCAAGGCUUGUGGUGAUAAUGCCACGCCGAGUGCAUCAUCUGCUACCUCGGGUGCGGUAGCUACUGCUACUGGGGUCUCGAAUUCGACUGCCACUCAAGUGACUGCUGCAACAAGUACGAGUAGUGGUUCUUCCAGUCCAACUUCCAAUGCUGGUGCAUUGUUUACUUUGAAUAGUGGGUUGGCCUUGUUUGUGGCUGUUGCUGGACUGGGCAUCGUUGCACAAGACUAUAUCGGUUUACUAUAA